UUUAGAGAAAGAUGUAUUUAAUGACUUGGAGAUUGAUCUUAAAAGGUUCUCACCUGAGUCAAUCACUUCGAUUAAUGAAAACAGACCACUGUCCCCUGAUUCACCUGUUCCUGAGUUCACCCCAUCCACUCAACUAUUUAUCACUCCAGAGUUAGACUUCCGAUCAACUUCCGAGACUGUAACACAUCUGUCAUCUCAUGAGACUGUCAGAACUGUGCCUCAAUAUAAGCUUGUGUACAAAGCUGUUCCUUUAGCAUUAAUUUCCCAAUUGUAUGAUCCUCAAUACAAAGGUGAAACUUUCUGUUUAAAGCCAGGUGUGUUUGAGUAUACUAGAUAUAAAAUGGAGAUUAAGACCCCACUCUCUUCUCCUGAAAUUCCAGCAAAUUAUGAAAGUACUAAGCAAAGUGAUACUGAAAUCCCCAACUGUGCUAUAUCAGGUAAUGAACAAAUGUCUUUAUCUCAUGCUAUUAUGCAAGCAACACAUACCAUUUCCCAGGAAUCACAUGUGCAAGCAGAAUCCUUUGAUCUAUUUGAAGAAAACAGAGCACUUUCUCCUGACUCUCUUUCUGAAUGUCCAACUUUAUAUGAAUGUCUUAUGAAAACCUCAGAAAGUAGGGCAACCUCACCAGAACCAUAUACAUCUAUGAAUAAAUAUAGGCAACUAUCUCCUGAUUCACCUAUUCCUGUGCACAGGCCUUUAUUACCAGGAGCAGAAUUUUUGGCUGAAAGGCGACCCUCAUCUCCUGAGACAAUAUUCUCAGUAAAUGAAUUUCAGAAACUUUCAUCUGACUCACCUAUACCUGAAUACUUAACACUGUCACUAGUUCCAAGUGAACACAGAUCUGAAACUAGCUUUGUACCCAUGCAGCAUGAAUACAAAAUUAAAGCACUGUCUCCUUUACAGUCUAAAUACCAGAGUUCUGAUUUUGGCUCAGAAGAUCCUGAAAAUUGGUCCUCAUGGCAUCCACUGCCAGAAUGGACCAUAUUUGAACCUAAACCUUUAUUGUCUAUCUCUGAUAAUUCAGACACUGAUUCUCAAUCUUUAUCACCCCAGUCCUUUUACUUUGAUUCAGAAUUGAGGAACCCAUCCCCUGAAGCAGCAACUUUAGAAACAGAAAUAACAGAAACCAUUUAUCCAGAACCUUUAAUUUUUGAAACAUUUUAUCAAACAGAAUCUCCUGUGUCAGGGACAUUUGAAUCUGAAUGUGAUGAGUUUGUUGAUAACGUGAGUGAUUUGUCAAUUCAUGAUUCUGAAGGCAUUAAGGAAAAUGAUCUAUCCCUCCCCAAAAAUGACGCCGCUUUGGUGAAUCAGCUGACAUUUGAACAGUGUAGAGCACAAAUUAAGUCUCUUUCCGAAAUAGAGGCACUUGAGACUUUUCCUAAAACAAACACUGAGUCCCCAUCCAUAGAGGAGCUAAAACCAAAGUCAUCUUAUAAACUAGCCUCAGAGCCAAGGCUAGAAGAUAUACAAAAUUCAACAAAGUCAAUUACUUCCUGUGAAGAAAAGGACACAAACAUCCCAACAGGUGCAUCUGCAAGCAAAGAGACUAGUGAAGGCCACACAAUCCUUAAAAAAGAUGAGAGACAGAUGGAAAGUCAACAACAACAUGAAGAAGCGCUAGGACAAGAAUCAAGCGAACUAGCCCCACAAGAAUCCAAGGAAAGGGAAAAUGUCUCAAAGAAGGCCAUUCACUUAGAGCCUCAAGAGACAGAUUUAGCUGUAAGGCAGGGAGAUAAAUCAUCCAUGAUUUCAAAAAUCACCACUUUCUCAGAUGAGAAUUCAUCAGACCAUACAAUAGCCACUCAUGGGCUAAUAUUAGAACAUCAACUGAAGUUAAUAGCAUCCUCGUUGACCAGCGAAUCCUCAAAAGAGUCAGAUCCAGGGGUCACCACCAAUAUACCUGAGCAGAUCUUUGCUUUUGAGGCCCACAAAUCCAAUGUACCUCCUCAUCCAUCACCUGAAGGACCAAGAGCAUCAACUGGCUCACAGGAAUUAAACUCUUUUCAAUUUCAUCUCCAAGACACUCACAGAAGAGUUACACCAAAUUUAACUGCUUCCUCUCAACUUAGUUUGAGUCUCGAAUCAUCUGAUUACAGCAAUUUGCUCUCAAGAUCCAUUGUGAUACCAUCAACAGGCACUCAGGUGUCACCCACUGAUUUAAGUCCCAUAUAUCCUGUAUUUAGCACCUCAUCCUCUGAUUUAGAGCUUUCUCCAGUGUCCUGUGAAUCUCUAUCAGCUGCAGGGAUUUUUCAAGUGACCCCUGGCUUCAAGUAUGUUCUCUCUGAAUUUGAAGAGACAUUAUCAUCAUUUGUUGGUGAAAAACCUCAAUCAAAUAUAGUUUUUCCAGGAAUGUAUCCUCUUGUUGCUGCUAUGACACAUUGUUCUCUGAAAGUGACUCAAGAGCUCAAAGCCUCUGAAUUGCCUGCAAGACUGUCAGAUGACCAAAAGCUGUUAGAUGCCACUGCCGUUUUAGAUGUUGACUCUCCACUUUACAAUGUCAAUCUUAAAGCCUGGCCAAGGCCUGUUCAUGCAGAUAGCACUGAGUCAGAUGUUGAGUUUUUUGAUUGCCACCAAACGUUUUCAGACAAGUCAGAGCCAGAGGAUGGAUCAGCAGAGUUUUUAGAUGUUGCUCAAAUGGUUUACCAAGUUGAGGAACCUGCAUCUUUAACAAGCAGCCCAGAGAACUUGACAGGUAUCCCUAAGCUUAAAGAGUACACCCAGUUGAAAAAGGAUGAUCGGCCCUUGUCCUGGGGCAGUGAGGAUCUUGAUUUGCCACUGGAUCUUGAGCCAGAGGAUGAAUACACUGGUGAAGAGAAAGCUUAUGCUUACGAUUAUGCAAGUGAUCAUACAUUUGCUGAAGAGCUGCCUCCAAGAGAGAGAGCACAGUAUGAUGAUGAUGAUGAUGAUUCUCUAGGGAGGGUAAGCUGUUUAGCAUGAGCACUCUGUUGACCUUUGCAUUGUGUGCAAGUGUUAUAAUCCCUGACUUGUGCUAACAAGGUUUAAAAUGCUAACAAACAUUUCUGUUAAAAAAAAAAAAAAAAAAAAAAAAUCAUUGCUUAUAUGUGUACACCCCAGUCCUUACACUUACAGUGCCUUGGCAUGCUUAAAAUAAAUUUUGUCCAAUUGCUUCUUUUGGCAAUAUACAUCCAACCUUUUUUCUUGACCGCAUGAUUUUGGUUGAUUACAAUUAGCCACAAAAGCUGUUUAAUCAGUUGCAGAGAAGAAAAAAACUAACUGUAGCAACUGUAACAGACUGCUGAAAAUAACAGUUUUUAUUAAAAGGGAAAAAAUAACUUUCAGAGUGCAUUGGUUUUGCAUGGUGUGACAUGCAAGUGAAUGAGAUAUAGUACUUAAGACAUACACCCUCAAUGCAUCUCUGCUGACUCUUAGGAGAUAGCUGAGGAGCUAGGUUUGAUGUCUGAUAGUUCAGAGGAGGAGGUGUUGACUACCAGGGUGGUGCGACGCAGAAUUGUAAUUCAGGUACUUGAGUUAGAUGUGCAUCCUGGUGCCAU